UUGACAGAGGGAUGCCAAGUAACAAUGCAUUCAGAACUGUUCAUUAUGAGUCGAGUUCCGUUAGACCUACAGAGUCACAGACCCCACCAGACCCAGAAGCAGUCCAUCCACCAUAAGAUCGAAACUGUGUGUCUCGGAUCAAGCCUGAGCAGGCUGGCAAUCAGAAGAUUUCAGUGGGCAUCAGACUGUUACCAUCAAGGUUAAAAGGAACAAAAACUAACAGUAAUUAAGGAAGAUUUACUAAGAAGAUACUCGGGAACACCAACACGCACAUGUACAUGAAGCUCUUUUCCUUUGGGAACAACUCAACUCAGACAGAAUGGUGGACCAGCUCCAAGGAACGUGGAAGUCCGUUUCUUGUGAAAAUUUUGAAGAAUAUAUGAAAGAACUAGGAAUUGGAAAAGCCAGCAGAAAACUGGGCUCUCUGGCCAAACCCACUGUGACCAUCAGCACAAAUGGAGAUGUGAUCACUAUAAAAACCAAAAGCAUCUUUAAAAACAACAAGAUCUCUUUUAAACUGGGAGAAGAGUUUGAAGAAACUACCCCAGGUGGCCGUAAAACCAAGAGUACAGUAACCUUGGAUAAUGAUGCCAUGAUCCACACUCAGGACUGGGGAGACAAGGAAACCACCAUCAGGAGAAAGUUGGUGGAUGGGAAAAUGGUGGUGGAAAGUGCUGUGAACAAUGUCAUCUGUACACGGACAUAUGAGAGAGUGUAGACAAACUCUCAAGGUCGUAAGCACUUCCAAACUGUGAUCCAAACUGCUGAGGUUGUUGAAAUAAAACUCCGAACUGAAACACAA